AUGGUGGAAGUGAUGGAGGUCGGGGUAUGGGACAUUGCAGGAAAACCUAUGUUUUUGCAAAAAUGGCAUCCCCAUAUAAGAUUAGAGAGAGCGAAGGUCACCUCUGUGCCUAUUUGGGUCCGUCUUUAUAAUGUCCCCCAUGUUCUCUGGACCAAGAAAGGUUUAAGUUAUGUCUAUAGUGUUCUUGGUAGACCUUUAUAUAUGGACUCGGCCACUGAACAAAAACGGCGGUUGUCUUAUGCGAAAGUAUGUAUCCGAAUGAAUGUAGAUAGCUCGUUCCCAAGGAAAUUCGAUAUCGACAUGGGUAAGGGUGGCUUCUUUGAGGCCACGGUUCACUACAGCUGGUUACCUGUUAAAUGCAAGACUUGCAAUAUCUUUGGCCACAAAGAUUGUAGAGCUACAGGUAAAGAAAUCUGGGUUCCUAAGACCCAAAAAAAUGUUGCCCCUCCUAACUCAGUGUCAACUCAUCGGGGGACGACAGCUACCGAAGAAGUCGAACGGGUUACUCCGGUUCCAUCGAAUCCAUCUCCCACCCCGAAGAAUAUUGCUAACCCCAUGGUUACCCAGUCAAAUGCCCAUGCUGAUGUAAGGUAUGAUCCUUCUUCCUUACAAUAUAUGCUAGUUGGUAGAAAGGAAAGAGGAUCAAACAGUAGAAACAAAGAUGACAACAAUACAGUGCCUUCUGAUAAUAGAUUUGCUCCUUUGGAAGUGGAGGCUACUUCGGAUUGUUCCGUGGAUACAUUGGGGGCGUUGGGGGAUGUAACGGAGCCUCCUGAUUUAUGA